AUGCAGGAACGACGUCGCCAGGAGAGGAAGGAGAAGAGAGAGCAGGAGUGGAAACAAAGGGAGGAAGCGCGGCAGCAGAGACUUAAAGAGAGAGAGGAGAGGGAAAAGACGAUGAGGGCGAGGCGUGAGCGCUUCCGCUCUUCUCAUUCCAGAUCAAGGUCGAGAUCGGCCUCACGCUCGCGUCGAUCGAGAUCUCCUGGGGAUGGUCGCAGCCGUGAUCGACGUAGUCGAGGCCGUGAUAGUGUCAAGGCAAAUCGUGACUCGAAAGCUAGUCCGCGGUCUGCAGUAAAAGAACGGCCCUCUCGUCGGUUGUCGUCGGCUUCCGAACGGAAGCGCCGUUCAGUAUCCUCGUCCAGUUCUGGAUCGUCACGCAGCAGGAGUUCCAGCGCGUCCAGCCGUUCUCGCUCUCGUUCACGCGGCCGGAAAGCACGAAAGGGAAAGAAUAGCGAGAAGGAUUCGACAGCCAGCCAAAAGACCAAGCGCUCACGUUCGCACUCCUCCAGUAAUUCGGAGUCAGAGUCGGGGUCUAGUUCCGGUUCGGAUAUGGACUCGGACCGCAAUCGGCGCAGCCGUGGUGUGUCCCGUGCUAAGGAAGCCAAGAUCACGAAAGGAAAGAUCAAAGAGGAGAAGCUGUCUGUGAAUGUAUCGCCUGCACGCUCCGCUGUUCGCAACGGUGAGCGCAAGGUCUUGAAUCUGUCAGGCCGCUCGGCGCCCGCAGUGGCUAACGACGAAUCACCUGUCAAGGAGGAAUCAAAAGAGAGUGUUCCGGCAGCAGCUCAGGUGAAAGAUGGCAAAAAGCCGAGUCCUUUUACUGAGAAGCAGGGGGUAAAGCGCGAGGCAUCACCUGAAAAGAAGGUUGAAAAGAUGGAGAGUCUCCCAGGCGCACUGCCCGUUCGAGUGAAAAAGGAAGAGAAGGCGGACACCCCGCGGUCUCCUGCUGCAGAAUUGCAGGCUCAGUCGCGCAAGCGCAAGCUGCGCAGUGCGUCUCCGGACGACCGUCGUCGUCACGGGCGAAGUUCGAGUACCGCCUCUUCUCGGGCUUCGCGCGGUUCACGUCGCCGCCGUAUCUCGUUCACGAUCUGUCUCGUCAAAUUCGUCGCGCUCCCGCUCACGCUCCCGUUCGGAGCCUCGUUCUCGCCGGCGCAGCAGCUCUCGGAGACGCCGUCGCAGCCGCAGUCGUAG